AUGGACGGGUGUGUCACGCUCGACCUGCCAACGUUCGGUAUCACCCAGCAAGAUUUGCAGUCAAUUUUGCGUAAAUAUUUAGAAUGGAAAAACGAGUCGUUCGAUGUCGCCGCUGCCUGCUGCCCGAUAUACGCUCGAGUGCGGUCGUUUGCAAACACGCGAGUCGGCUACCUCGGGGACCACUUCAUUCUGGAGCUGUUCGGAAGGAAUGAUGAGGCCAGCGUAUCAUCCCCGGUCGCAGAGCUGUUCCUGAAAGCUGCGCCCUCAACAAUACCGGCCCUGACACAGUACCUGCAAGCGAUCGGAACGGCCCGCAAAGAAGCCAGUAUGUAUCGGGCCUUGCUUCCCCGAUUGGCUCGCUAUUCGCGCUUCGCCCCGCACGCCUUCUAUGCUCGCGACCACCCGGAUGGCCGCGCACUGGUGCUGGAGAAUCUGCAAGCUCAAGGCUUCCGUACGCUUGCCACCGAUGCGAUGGGUAUUUUCGAUAGGCCACACCUAGAAUCGGCGCUGCGGGCACUGGCAAAGUUUCAUUCCGCUGCCCUGCUGCUCGAGACCGACACGGGCUCCAGUUUGCCGCAGCUCGUCCCCGGAGUGUUGGACGAAAACGGUUGGAUCCGAAAGGAGGGCAAUCCAAGGGUACAAGAGCUGGAAAAUGCCAUCGACGUGCUGCUAGCCCUGGUCCGGGUGACGGAAAAGGAUAACCCACGGCUGGACACGAUCCUGCAGAAGUUGCCCCCGUUCGUGCAGCAAAUCUAUGAGCUCGUGAAGCCCUCCACCGAGUACCGGAACGUGGCUUGCCACGGAGAUUUGUGGGCCAGCAAUGUAAUGUUUCGCUACGGUGACCGCGACACAGCAGGGACGCCGCCGCCGCGCGAGUGUUUGAUUAUCGAUUUCCAGUUCACGCGCUACGCACCACCGGCGUACGACGUGUCGAUGCUUAUCACGCUCACCACCACGGGCCAGUUCCGGCGUGCGCAUUACGACGAACUGCUGGAGUUCUACUGGCGACGGAUGGAGUGCGAAUUGGCGCAACAUUUGCCGCAAAGCGAUGUGAACCAAUUGUUUCCACGAGAACCCUUUCUCCAAUCUUGCCACCGUUACCGGACGUCGGCGCUGAUUGACAACUUUCUCAUGAAUCACGUCACGUUGCUGCCCCGGAGCAGCGUGGAUCGAAUCUUUUCUUCCGCCGAGUGCUACAACAGCUUCAGUGGGGCGGCCAAAAUUCAAAUGUGUUUGCAAGUUUUGCGCGAUCAUCCGGCAUAUCGAGAGCGACUCACGGGAAUUAUACGGGAUCUGAUUGCGGCUUUGUAAGAAAAAAGAAGGCAGAACAGGCAUUUAUUUGGCAACUAGUUAUUGUUAAUGGAAAUCAAACAAAUACUCCAGCAGCUCGUUCACUACGUCCUCCAUCCG